AUGGCGGAAGAAGCCGUAUUAGGUUUCCUUGAGAAGAACGAGGAAAUAGCAGAUUCGGGUCAGUUUGCGGCCGAACAAGGACUGAGUCACGACGAUGUCGUUAAUGUCAUUAAGAGCCUCAAUGGCUACCGACUCGUCGAUGCUCAGGACAUUAAGAGGGAGAGAUUGGUGCUCAAACAUAUGCUGCAGGAGGAUCUCCCGAAGUCCAAUUAUUGUUGGCUAUACCACCAGAAGGCAUCUCACGAGAAGAGUUGCAGGUGCUUCCCGUUCCAAUUAUCAUACUCCCAUUCAAAGCAACCAAAUACAACUGAGAGAUUGGAAAAAGUUGGAGCCCUCAAUUUACAAAAUAGGUUGCCAACAGGCCGUAAAGAACAAAUGGGUGGAGGUGGGAAAGUCACAAGUGUCCAGGAAGAUACAAAAUGGUUUGGCCUUGAACCAGAAGAUAUUGAUGGUCUCAAACGAAGGAAGCUUAUUACUCCACAGAUAUGGAAAGGAUACUCAGUAAGAAAAGGUCCUAAGUAUGCUCCAAAAAAAGCUGCCACUGAUUUAACCCGAGAGAAUCUGCAAAGGGGUGAUUGGAAGGAGCUGGAAUUUAAAGAGUAUAACUUCAGUGCCAAGGGUCAGCCUGUUGAAGGUGGUCAUCUUCAUCCAUUGCUCAAGCUGAUUUUACCUGAUGCCCAUAUGUUCAUGAACGUUGUAGAACCUUCCACUGCAAAGAUGCUGCCUGAAGAUUAUGUUGAACGGGUGAAGCAAGUUCAUGAGUCUGGUGGCUAUGGGUCUAGGGGGUAUGCUGUCAUAUACUUUUAUUUUCUAGAUGGUCUAGGUGGCUAUGACUGGAUACGGGUGAAACAAGAUCCCUCUUUUCAUAGAUACGGAUAUGACCGGAAAAGGGAAGAAGCAAACAAAAACCUUCUGCGAACUCAUACAACUUCUGUUUCCUCGAGGAUGCUGUAUUUGCUUGCACAGAAACCCUUUGCUCCCAAAAAGUUCUACUCAAUAGAUCGUGUUUUCAGAAAUGAAGCCGUGGAUCAGACGCAUCUUGCAGAGUUCCACCAGAUAGAAGGAUACUCAGUAAGAAAAGGUCCUAAGUAUGCUCCAAAAAAAGCUGCCACUGAUUUAACCCGAGAGAAUCUGCAAAGGGGUGAUUGGAAGGAGCUGGAAUUUAAAGAGUAUAACUUCAGUGCCAAGGGUCAGCCUGUUGAAGGUGGUCAUCUUCAUCCAUUGCUCAAGGUGCGACGUCAAGUGCAAAUGAUUUUUCUUCAGAUGGGGUUUGACCUGAUUUACUAUGUUUCUCUUGAAAAUCUAUAUCUGCUGCAGCUGAUUUUACCUGAUGCCCAUAUGUUCAUGAACGUUGUAGAACCUUCCACUGCAAAGAUGCUGCCUGAAGAUUAUGUUGAACGGGUGAAGCAAGUUCAUGAGUCUGGUGGCUAUGGGUCUAGGGGGUAUGCUGUCAUAUACUUUUAUUUUCUAGAUGGUCUAGGUGGCUAUGACUGGAUACGGGUGAAACAAGAUCCCUCUUUUCAUAGAUACGGAUAUGACCGGAAAAGGGAAGAAGCAAACAAAAACCUUCUGCGAACUCAUACAACUGCUGUUUCCUCGAGGAUGCUGUAUUUGCUUGCACAGAAAUGA